CAGCCGGGCAGCCGGGGCCCAUUUCUUCCGGCUGGCGAGAUGCCGCCGCCGCCGCCGCCGCCGGGGCCCGUCCUUUGCGGGAGCUGCGGGGCUCAGCGCGCCGCGCUCCGUCGCCCCAAAACCGGCCAGGCGCUGUGCCGGAGCUGCUUCGCGGCCGCCUUCGAAGCGGAGGUGCACGACACCAUCGUGUCGGCGCGGCUUUUCCAGCCGGGCGAGACGGUGGCCAUCGGGGCGUCGGGCGGGAAGGAUUCCACGGUGCUAGCGCACGUGCUGCGCCUGCUAAACCAGCGCCAUGGCUACGGCCUGCGCCUCCUGCUGCUCUCCGUGGACGAGGGCAUCGCGGGCUACCGGGACGACUCGCUGGCCGCCGUCCAGCGCAACCGGGGCCGCCUGGGCCUGCCCUUGCACGUGGUCUCCUACCGGGAGCUUUACGGCUGGAGCAUGGACCGCAUCGUCCAGCACACCGGCGCCAGGAACAACUGCACCUUCUGCGGCGUCUUCCGGAGGCAGGCGCUGGACCGGGGCGCCGUUCUCUUAGGGGCGGACAAGAUCGCCACAGGUCAUAACGCUGAUGACGUGGCCGAGACAAUCUUGAUGAAUUUCCUGCGGGGUGACGUUGGCCGGCUUCAACGCUGCGCCGAAAUCUUGACGGGUGGCGAAGGAACCCUGCCUCGCUGUAAGCCGCUGAAGCACGCUUAUGAAAAAGAGAUUGUGCUCUAUGCCUACUUCCAAGGCUUGGACUACUUCAGCACCGAGUGCGUGUACGCCCCCAACGCCUACCGGGGCCACGUCCGCGCCCUGCUGAAAGACCUAGAAGCUAUCCGGCCCAGCUCAGUGGCUGACCUGGUGCACUCGGGGGAGCGUCUGGCUAUCCGCAAGGACGUUCGCUUGCCCAUUCAGGGCACUUGCCGGCGGUGCGGUUACUUCUCUAGCCAGCCCCUUUGCAAAGCUUGUGUGCUGCUGGAGGGACUCAACCGUGGACUCCCUAAGCUGGCCAUUGGCAAAACCAACCGCCUGCAGAAGGCUUUGUUGGAGGGGGAAAAGCCAGAGGCUGGAUUAGAAGCAGAGGAGAACUCAAGGAAAGCAAGCUGGAUUGGGAGGACAAUAGACUUCUGAAUUCCCUCUUUUUAUAUCCUCAUUUUCCUGGUCAGGUGGGAUGGGAUUUCUUUAAAAAAAAAAAAAGAUCCUUAAGAAUGAAUUGCAUAGAUCAGGGAGUUGGGAAGCAGUGUGCUCCCAUCCCAGUUGCUGGACCACAAGUUCCAGCAGGAUGGGCAAGGGUGAUGAUUCGUGGGCAGCCAUCUUGCAAACGUCAUUGGAUUCCCAGCUGCAUUUGGUGGUUUCUGUCCGUGUGUUUGUACUAAAAGGGCAGGAACCGCCUUCUGUGCUGUCCUUCCCUUGCCUUCUUAGGUGUGUUGGGCUUCAGGCUCCUUCCUCCUUGGUUCAGCCUUUGCUGCUCUUGGCUGGGAAUUGUGGAGAAGCCCACACAUCUGGAGGGAGGAGGUUGUGAGGAAGGUUGCUUUCUGUGCAUUGCUGCUGUUCCCAAAGUGGCGAUUGCAGCCAUGAAGUUAAGGGUGGCCUCUAGUCACAGAAGACUGAGGUUAUCCUUCAUGGAAAGGAGUUCAAGGCUGGAGUAGUGGAUGACCAGUUUCCUUGUCUUCUUGUUGUUCCCCAUCUUCACACAUCACCUCUCCAGGCAGUUCAAUUUUCUGAGUGAUCUAGAACAGGUCUCCAACCUUGGUAACUUAAAAGACUUAUGGACUUGAACUCCCAGAAUUCCUCAGCCAACUUUGCUGGCUGAGGAAUUCUGGGAGUUGAAGUCCAUAAAUCUUUAAGUUGCCAGGGUUGGAGACCCCUGAUCUAGAAAGUCAACAGUAACCAGGCUCAUCAGCUGUGCUAAACAAACUAAAACCUUGGUUGGCUCAGCUAUGAUUUAUUGAGAAAAUCUCUUGAGGGAGGUGGGCGGCUUAAGAAAUAUGAAAUAUAAAUAAAAUAAAUAAAGCGUGUGACAAAUAACAGAGCUUUAUUUUGAUCAUUGAUCAAUACAAAAAUACAAUCAAUAAAAUGAACAACACAAAACUCCCCAGACAACAAAAAUUCAUUGGGUCCUCUGAACUCUCCGAAUUUGGAGAUUCUUUCCCACCCCCCCAAGCAGAAAACUGACUAACUUGAAGGUGAAAGUUGAAAGGUAAUUCAGAAUUCUUUUAUGUAUAUUUUUUCCCCCUGCAGAAUAAUUUCCACCAGAGGUAGAUGAUUCAUGCAGGAGUCCCCAUGCCUCCCUUCUGAGUUCAGUUUCAGAUCAGCCUAUUGUUCAAAAGAAGUCAAGCAUCGUCAAGACAUGUUUGGCUGAUGCUGAAACUAAGGAUUUUGUUACACGUACGUUACUAUUGCUCUUUGACAAAUAAGAGUUGUCUUGUCCUUACUGAGAUUCAAACUACUGUCUGGUCUCUAAAAUAGCAGAAUUUUUCAGUUUCCUUAAAAACUGCUUUGAACAAAAAUUGUUCUGAAUUUGUUGCCUCUCCCUUUUGAGGCACCGCGCUACUGGCUAUCUCGCACAGCUAGAAACACCUAGCCAUCACUUGCUCAAUGUCACAUUUCUCCCAUUUGCAAUUUGGGAUGGCAGUUAUCAAAUAGUCAUGUCUGACAGGCUGCGCCUCUGAUUCUGAAGACCAUAGAAAAUCUAUUUCUUUGUUGCUCCUUUUACAGAAAUUCGAACCAGGUUUGUCCUCCUUCUGACCAUCAGAUACAGUGAUUUCCCACCCUCAACCUAUGCCCAGGUUCUCCUUAGAGGUGAACUACCAUUUGUUAUUACAUCCAGUUGCACUAUCAUUUCUACUUGAACCUGUGAGGAACUAAUUCAGCCCCUCAUAAAGGAAUUCCUAGAAAGAGACAACCAUAGGAACAUCUAGCUACCAUAACUAUGGUUUGAGGACAUUUGGGGAUCCCCCAAGCCCAUUUGAGAGGUUUGCAAAAUCAAAAUUAUUUGCCAGAUAUUGAAGGUAUUUGGAAACAUUUAAAACAAUGUCACUUAUUAUUUUUCAUUUGUUAAAAAUACCAUUUUCCCAUGAACAAUAUUUCAUUUACAUUAAUAUCUAGUAAAAGGGUAUCCAACCUUGGCAACUUUAAGAUUUGUGGACUUCAAUCUCAGAAUUCCCCAGCCAA